UGGCCAUCAGACUGUAGCGGAAACAGGCUGUGUUGCCCCAGGCUCCGCCCCUCAAAGGCUCACUUCCGGGCUCUAGAACGCCCCGCCUUUUCCCUGCUACAGAGAGGAGGCUAUGGAGCGUCAGGUGCUGCUGAGCGAGCCCGAGGAGGCGGCGGCGCUGUACCGGGGCCUUAGCCGGCAACCCACGCUGAGCGCCGCCUGCCUGGGCCCGGAGGUCACCACGCAGUAUGGGGGCCGCUACCGGACAGUGCACACUGAGUGGACCCAGAGGGAUCUGGAACGAAUGGAGAACAUCCGAUUCUGCCGCCAGUACCUGGUGUUCCAUGAUGGGGACUCAGUGGUGUUUGCAGGGCCUGCAGGCAACAGUGUGGAAACCCGGGGGGAGCUACUGAGCAGAGAGUCUCCUUCAGGCACCAUGAAAGCUGUGCUUCGUAAGACUGGAGGCAUGGGUCCUGGGGAGGAAAAGCAGUUCCUGGAGGUCUGGGAGAAGAACCGGAAGCUCAAGAGCUUCAACCUAUCAGCACUGGAGAAACAUGGGUCUGUUUAUGAGGAUGACUGCUUUGGCUGCCUGUCCUGGUCACACUCGGAGACACACUUGUUGUAUGUGGCAGAGAAGAAGCGCCCCAAGGCUGAGUCCUUCUUUCAGACUAAAGCCUUGGACAUGAAUGCCAGAGAUGAUGAGAUGGCCACACCGAAGAAGCCAGACCAGGCCAUCAAGGGGGACCAGUUUGUGUUUUAUGAAGACUGGGGCGAGAACAUGGUUACUAAAAGCAUCCCUGUGCUCUGUGUGCUGGAUAUCGAGAGUGGUAACAUCUCUGUGCUCGAGGGAGUCCCUGAGAAUAUAUCCCCUGGACAGGCUUUUUGGGCCCCUGGGGACACAGGUGUGGUGUUCGUAGGUUGGUGGCAUGAGCCCUUCCGGCUAGGCAUCCGUUUCUGUACCAAUCGCAGGUCAGCUCUGUAUUAUGUAGACCUCAUCGGGGGAAAGUGUGAACUCCUCUCGGAUGACUCCCUGGCUAUUUCUUCUCCCCGGCUGAGCCCAGACCAGUGUCGCAUCGUCUACUUGCAGUACCCAUCUCUGAUCCCUCAUCAUCAGUGUAGCCAGCUGUGCCUGUAUGACUGGUAUACCAAAGUCAUCUCAGUGGUGGUGGAUGUUGUACCUCGGCAGCUGGGAGAGAGCUUCUCUGGGAUCUACUGCAGCCUUCUGCCUCUAGGAUGCUGGUCAGCUGACAGCCGGAGAGUAAUCUUUGAUUCAGCUCAACGCAGCCGACAGGAUCUAUUUGCUGUGGACACUCAGAUGGGCAAUGUGACCUCCUUAACAGCUGGGGGGUCAGGUGGAAGCUGGAAGCUACUUACAAUUGACCGGGACCUUAUGGUGGUACAGUUCUCCACACCCAGCCUGCCUCCAAGCCUGAAAGUUGGGUUCCUGCCUCCUGCAGGGAAGGAGCAAUCAGUGUUGUGGGUAGCCCUGGAGGAGGCUGAGCCCAUUCCUGACAUCCACUGGAGCAUCCGGGUGCUACAGCCACCCCCAGAUCAAGAAAAUGUGCAGUAUGCUGGCCUUGACUUUGAAGCAAUCCUUCUGCAGCCCAGCAACACUCCAGAUAAGACUCAGGUGCCCAUGGUGGUUAUGCCCCACGGAGGACCCCAUUCAUCCUUUGUCACUGCCUGGAUGCUGUUCCCAGCCAUGCUUUGCAAGAUGGGCUUUGCAGUGCUAUUAGUGAACUAUCGUGGCUCCACGGGCUUUGGUCAGGACAGUAUCCUUUCCCUCCCAGGCAAUGUAGGCCACCAGGAUGUGAAGGAUGUCCAGUUUGCAGUGGAGCAGGUACUCCAGGAGGAGCACUUUGAUGCAGGCCGUGUGGCCCUUAUGGGUGGUUCCCAUGGUGGGUUUUUGUCGUGCCACUUGAUUGGUCAAUACCCUGAGACCUAUGGUGCCUGCGUGGCCCGGAACCCUGUGAUCAAUAUAGCCUCCAUGAUGGGCUCCACUGACAUCCCUGACUGGUGUGUGGUGGAGGCUGGCUUCCCUUAUAGCAAUGACUGCCUGCCAGACCUCAGUGUGUGGGCAGAGAUGCUGGACAAGUCACCCAUCAAGUAUAUCCCUCAGGUAAAGACCCCGCUGUUACUAAUGCUGGGACAGGAGGACCGGCGUGUACCCUUUAAGCAGGGCAUGGAGUAUUACCGUGCCCUAAAGGCCCGGAACGUGCCUGUUCGGCUCCUGCUCUAUCCCAAAAGCACCCAUGCACUAUCAGAGGUGGAGGUGGAAUCAGACAGCUUCAUGAAUGCUGUGCUCUGGCUGCACACACACUUGGGUAGCUGAAGCCCUGCCAUUCUGCGUGAGCUGGAAUAUCAUACUUUUUCUUGGAGAGCUCCAAAAUCUAACAGAGCAGUGAAGGGCCUCCUGGGCUCUGGACUCUGAAUGAGUGGCGGGGGAAUGUGGGCUAUGUAAUAAUAAAUAAGGACACAGAUCCUGGUUCAA